UUUCUCUCUCUCUUUAUCUUUUGUCUGGAUCUUUCUUUUUCUCUUGAGAAAAUGAAGAUUCUUCAGUCUUUUUCUGAACUUUAUGCCAAUGGAGAACAAUACGAUACUAUAGCUUGUGAUAUAUAUGGGGUUCUUCAUGAUGGAUAUGAACCUUAUCCUUAUACUAUGGAAACACUCAAAGAACUUCAACAAAGAAAGCAAGACGUGGUACUCUUAUCCAACUCUAGUCGAAUGUAUUCUGCUUUAAGUCAACAACUGAUAGACAAAUUCAACAUUACACCUCAGGCUUACAAUGAUAUAUUAUCCAGUGGUAAAUUGACUCGAUUGUUUUUACAAGAUUGUCAAAUGUAUACAACAACCAAACAGGAUAUUGUUUCUUGUUUUGCGACAGUGGGUGGAAACGCUAGCAUAAGCAACAGUAAUAUAAAUCAUCAGUCAACAAUAGCAACAACAAUGACAGCAGCAGGGUUUUGUCAACAAUAUCAACUUGCACUGAAACAGGAGGAUACCAAGAUCCGGUUCUUUAUUGCAGGCGAUGUCGACUAUCUUGAACCUCUUUACCGAGACCUGACAGUGUUUGAAGCGACGGAUGAUUGGUAUUCUAUGGAAUUUGUAUUAGUGGGAUCGAUUCAACGGCUUUAUGGUGAUGAUGAAGUGAAUCCAUUUGAUGAAGAAAGUGUACAACAGCAUUAUAAACCCUUCUUUGAUAUAUGUUUGAAAAGAGGAAUUCCUUUUAUAUGCACUAAUCCUGACGUACUUGCUCCUCAUGGUGUGAAUCAAGAUGGUUCUCAACGUUUAUUACUUUGUCCUGGUUACAUUGGUCAAUUAUAUGAAUCUAUGGGAGGCACUGUGUUGUAUUUUGGAAAACCAUUCAGUAGUAUCUACAAGUAUUUACAAAACAAACAGAAUAAUCAAAGUGGUGGUCGCAUUCUAUGUAUUGGGGACAAUGUAGCCACUGAUGUACUUGGAGCAAAUGAUGCUGAUUUAGAUGUAGUGCUUAUCUUGGGUGGUGUUCAUGCAUCAACUUUAUUAUCAACCAAAAAUGAUACAGAAUUAUUAUCUCAGGUACGUGAUCUUUGUCAACAAGCUGGUACUCGUGAACCUACAUAUGUGAUGCCUUACCUUCGAUAUCAAUAGAUAGAUAGAUAGAAUAGAUAGAUUUUUGUUACUGUAGAAAUAAAGAAAUAAAAAAAAAAAAAGAAAAA